UGUACUUCUAAUGCUUCGUCUACUGCAGGAGACAUACAUGGACAGUAUGUUGAUCUGAUAAGGUUAUUUGACCGUGGUGGCUUCCCUCCUACUACCUCAUAUCUAUUUCUUGGUGACUAUGUGGAUCGUGGCAAACAAAGCUUAGAGACAAUUUGCUUAUUGUUAGCAUACAAGAUAAAGUACCCUGACAAAUUCUUUCUCUUGAGAGGAAAUCAUGAGGAUGCUAAAGUCAACAGAGUGUAUGGUUUUUAUGAUGAAUGUAAACGAAGAUUCAAUGUUCGCCUGUGGAAAACAUUCUCCGAUUGCUUCAACUGUCUGCCUGUUGCUGCUGUGGUCGAUGACAAGAUCUUUUGUAUGCACGGAGGACUUUCGCCGGAGCUUGACAGUUUGAGCAGGAUAGAAGAAAUAGAAAGGCCCACCGAAAUUCCGGAUAGCGGUCUUCUUUGUGAUCUGCUUUGGUCUGAUCCAGAUCCCAAGAUUGAAGGAUGGGGGCUGAGUGAUCGAGGUGUUUCAUGUACUUUUGGUGUUGAUAAACUUGUGGAGUUUCUUGAUAAAAAUGAACUUGAACUCAUAUGUAGGGGUCACCAGGUUGUUGAAGAUGGGUACGAGUUUUUUGGAGGAAGGAGGCUUGUUACCAUAUUUUCAGCUCCUAAUUAUUGUGGGGAGUUUGACAAUGUGGGUGCUUUCUUGAGUAUUCAUGAAACAUUGCUUUGUUCGUUCGAUAUAUUGAAAGCUGUUGAUGGUAGAAAGCCAAACGCAAGUGGAUUAGACAAUACCACAAGCUCAUCUCAGAGCCUGUCAAAUUUAUCCAAAGCAAUUUCUAAAAAGCCCCCACGAUUUGGAAAUGGUUGAUAAAUGUUGGAUGAUUUGGUGUGCUUCCAAUAACCUAGACGGCAAAUAUCAGCUAACUCGAUUACCAACAGCUAAUUCUUAGAUCUUUUCUGUUCGAUGGCAUCACCUUGUGAACAUACCAUUACUUGAUUACCAUUUCGAUGUAAUCCAUUGGACAGCCGUUCGCUCGUUAUUUUUUUGGGCUCAUUGGAUUGCCUGUAGCUAGAAAUUUUUUUUAGAAAGUAAUAAUUUUGUUUUCACUUAUUUUUCUGUCUGAAAAGAAAAUUAUUAUGUUUGACAGUUCUUUAAAGAGUUUAUGGAGUUAAAAUA